GAUGUAGCUGUACAUGGAGAUCUUGCUAGGAAAAUCCGCCUGCUCCUGCGUCCAGCCCAGGAAAGCCGCCGCCGCCACCCGGGAGCUCCGUCGGCCACCGCACAGACCAGCUCCGAGAGCCCGAGCAGCGGACGCCGAGCUGCCUUUAGGGCCCCAGGCCCCUGCCCCCCAAAGAAGGAGAGGAUCUGAGAAAAUGGAUGCACUGAGACCUCUCUGAAAACCCGUCGAGAGAGCCCGGGAAGAGCGUGGACACGUUACUCGCAGCCAAAAUCACAUUCAAGGACCAAAACAACAACCAAAAAAAAAAAAAUUCCAUUAAAACAAUAAGCGCCCAAGAACCCAGAUCGGGCUGUGGGGGGAGGGGAAGAGGCGGGAAGGGGAGGGUCGCACGGAGGUAGCUUUGCAGACAGCAGUCGACCCCGCCGCCGCUGCUGCCUCCGCCGCCCCGCAGAACCGGGCUGGCUGCUCCAGCCGCGCCUCGGACUCGUCGGUGGAUUCCGGGCUAGGUUCGGCGGCCAGCGGCGCAACCCGGCGUGGAGUCCUGGGACUCCCGCGAAGCCACCUCUCGGGAGCCGGGGCACCUUUGCAUGAGCACCAGAGGAUCCUGCCUCGGCGCAGCAAACGGGGAAGCAGGAGCCGACGCGCGGGCCUUGGAGCUAGGCGGGAGCCGGCGGUGCCGGCGGCGAAGGCGGCAGCCCAGGGCGCACCGUGCCGGGACCAGCUCGCCGCGCCCCAUGGGGAGCCGGCAGCCGCAGCGCUGCUGAGGCAGGCCCGGCUGGCCAGGAGGGGGCCCGGGGCCCGGGCUGCAGCAGCCCCCUCUGCGGCUGCCGAGCCGGCCCGGGCGCCCGGGGAUUGGGGGGUGGGGGGUGGGGGAGGACGCGGAGCGCGGAAGCCGAGGCCCGGGUGGAGGGCGCGGCGGGGCUGCGCGCACGCUGGGGCGCGUGGAGGGGCGCGGAGGGCGAGAUGAGUCUGGUAGGGGGCUUUCCCCACCACCCGGUGGUGCACCAUGAGGGCUACCCGUUUGCCGCCGCUGCCGCCGCCGCCGCCGCCGCCGCCGCCAGCCGCUGCGGCCACGAGGAGAACCCCUACUUUCACGGCUGGCUUAUCGGCCACCCCGAGAUGUCGCCCCCCGACUACAGCAUGGCCCUAUCCUACAGCCCCGAGUAUGCCAGCGGCGCCGCCGGCCUGGACCACUCCCAUUACGGGGGGGUGCCGCCGGGCGCCGGGCCCCCGGGCCUGGGGGGGCCGCGCCCGGUGAAGCGCCGGGGCACCGCCAACCGCAAGGAGAGGCGCAGGACUCAGAGCAUCAACAGCGCCUUCGCCGAGCUGCGGGAGUGCAUUCCCAACGUUCCCGCCGACACUAAGCUCUCCAAGAUCAAGACGCUGCGCCUGGCCACCAGCUAUAUCGCCUACCUCAUGGACCUGCUGGCCAAGGACGACCAGAACGGCGAGGCGGAGGCCUUCAAGGCGGAGAUCAAGAAGACAGACGUGAAAGAGGAGAAGAGGAAGAAGGAGCUGAAUGAAAUCUUGAAAAGCACAGUGAGCAGCAACGACAAGAAAACCAAAGGGCGGACGGGCUGGCCGCAGCACGUCUGGGCCCUGGAACUCAAGCAGUGAGGAGGAAGAGGAGGUGGCGGAGAGAGUGAGUGAGCCGGAGCCAGGGUGCCAGACACAGACCCAGGACUCCGGGCGAACCCUCGGCACUCCGCUCUGAGGACUCCUCGCAUUUGGAAUCAUCCGGUUUAUUUAUGUGCAAUUUCCUCCCCCCUCCUUUUUCCCCCCCCCCACCUCCUUUGACACAUCUGCUCCCAGCCUCCCUUUCAAAAAAACAAAGUGGAUAUUUGAAGAAAAGCAUUCCAUAUUUUAACAUAAAGAGGACAUGCGUGCGUGGUAAGGGAUCCCAUUGUCCAGUAUAUUCUCUCUGUGUGAAUGUUUCCUCUUGGCUGUGUAGACACCAGCGUUACCCUUUCCCACCCACCCAAGCCCUUCCAGAUAAAGACAGCAAACACUAGUGCCUAUGUGAAGUGUAUCUUUAAUAUUUGGCCUUUGGAUAUAAAUAUUCCUGGGGAUUAUAAAGUUUUAUUUUAAAGCAGAAAGCAGGGCCGCUAACAUUUCCAUUGGGGUCAGCAGCUAGCGCUGUCCCUUCAUCUGUGAGUGUUCCUUCUUCAAAGAUGUUUCCAACAGCUACUUGUUUUGUGCACUUCCGUCCUCUAAAACUUAAGUGGAAUUUAAUUAAUAUUGAAGAUGUAAACGUUGUAAGUAUUCAAUAAACCACUGUGUGUGUUUUUUUUUUACAAAA